CGGAAUUUGCGGCUGUUGCUCCAGCAUUCGGUGGCGGUGGACAAAGACACGCCGUAUUUCAACCUGGUGUAUUCCUAGAUGAGAGGAUGAGGAACGAUUAAGUUUAGUACGGGAAGCAGCUCCUGAGGAGGGGUGUUGAUGAUGGGGAGGAGCUGCAUCAACUGGGGGUGAGUGACCACGAAAGAUCGUGACACUGGAAAGUGACAAGAGCCGCAACAUACUUGUCUGGUCAAGAAGCUGCCCUGUCAGAAGAAGUAGAACCGAUCCACUACCCACAACGACCGCAGCCACAGCAGGGCUGAUAAUUUGCAACUAUUUCAGAACAGAAGAACAC